AUGCAGAACAGUCACAGUGGAGUGAACCAGCUCGGCGGUGUGUUUGUUAAUGGUCGACCAUUGCCCGAUUCGACCAGACAAAAAAUAGUCGAACUUGCUCACAGUGGAGCCAGACCCUGCGAUAUUUCAAGGAUCCUCCAGGUAACAAUAUCUCAGUUAAUAAGUCUAUAUUCAUAUCUUUCCAACCAUGCUGAUGCAAAAGUCCAAGUAGUGGAUAAUCGAAAAGUUUCCAACGGCUGUGUCAGUAAAAUCCUGGGCAGGUAUUAUGAAACUGGAUCCAUCAGACCCAGGGCAAUCGGAGGGAGUAAACCAAGGGUAGCAACUCCUGAAGUUGUGUCCAAGAUCGCUCAGUAUAAACGCGAGUGCCCGUCGAUUUUUGCAUGGGAAAUUCGAGACAGAUUGCUCUCUGAGGGGGUCUGUACUAACGACAAUAUACCAAGUGUGUCAUCGAUUAACCGAGUCCUUCGCAACCUGGCUAGCGAAAAGCAACAGAUGGGAGCAGAUGGGAUGUAUGAUAAACUAAGGAUGCUGAACGGUCAGACAGGUGCAUGGGGUACCCGGCCAGGCUGGUAUCCGGGCAGUUCGGUGCCAGGGCAACCCAACCAAGAUGGCUGUCAGCAACAGGAAGGAGGCGGUGAAAAUACAAACUCCAUCAACUCAAACAGCGACGAUUCAGACGAAGCACAAAUGAGACUCCAGCUCAAAAGGAAACUGCAGAGAAACAGAACAUCUUUCACCCAGGAGCAGAUCGAGGCCCUGGAGAAAGAAUUCGAAAGAACUCAUUAUCCUGACGUGUUUGCCAGAGAACGAUUAGCGGCCAAAAUAGAUCUCCCGGAAGCUAGGAUACAGGUUUGGUUUUCCAACAGAAGAGCAAAAUGGAGGCGGGAGGAAAAGCUGAGGAAUCAAAGACGACAAGCCAGCAACACCCCGAGUCAUAUCCCCAUCAGCAGCAGUUUCAGCACCAGUGUUUAUCAACCCAUUCCACAGCCCACGACUCCCGUUUCCUCUUUUGCCACAGGUGCAAUGCUGGGUCGGGCAGACACAUCCCUUACAAACACUUACAGCGCACUGCCACCGAUGCCCAGUUUCAGCAUGGCAAACAACCUGUCUAUGCAAUCGCCAGUGUCCAGCCAAACGCCGUCUUACUCCUGUAUGCUGCCCAACAGCCCGUCAGUUAAUGGACGCAGUUAUGACACGUACACGCCGCCUCAUAUGCAGUCACAUAUGAACCCCCAGUCCAUGGGCACCUCGGGGGCCACAUCCACAGGACUUAUUUCCCCUGGAGUGUCUGUACCUGUUCAAGUGCCAGGAAGCGAACCGGACAUGUCUCAGUACUGGCCCCGAUUGCAGUAAAAGGGAGAGCGGAAAGAGACAUUGGAGAGUCGGAUGCCCAGCAGUAUUUGUUCCUGAGAGGAGACUCU